UACAUUAAUUGGUUUACAUGAAAGUUAUAGCGUUUAUAAAUGGCGGUAUAUAUACUGGAAUUUUUUUAUUUUGUAUAUUUACUAGUAAUGGCAGCGAUCAGCAACUUAUAGCAGGACUGCGGGGCUGCGACAGGCAUUCUGACACUAGGGGAACUGACUUGGUGUCACUGACUUCCCCAGUGACACCAAUACAGAGAUCAGUGCUAUAAAAAAAAAAACACUGACACUGUACUAAUGGCACUGGGCAGGAAGGGGCUAACAUUAGGGGCGAUCAAAGGGUUAAUUGUGUGCAGGGAUGGGUGUGGGCUUCACUGUAAUCACACUGCUCUGGAUGGUUGUGCUGUGCACAGCCAUCCAGAGCAGUGUGCCCGAGCUGACA